CAGCCAAUCAGAUUCAGAUUUAAUUUGAGCACGAAGAGGGGUGUACACCGGACGGACACUCUUCAAAAAUAAGCUAAUCAGAAAACUAAUAAUAUAAACAUAUUUAGAUCAAAAACUGUAACUUAAAUUAAUAAUCGGCAUAAUGUCCGUGUGCAAAGUGGUGCCGCUUGUAACGAGCCGGAAUUUCGGUAGAAUAAGUGCCGCGCUGAGUAGUGCAAAGUUGAACAGAAGUUAUUUCACAUAUACCCAGUCAUUGUCUCAGCCCCUAGAUCGGGUGCCGGAACGUUUGACUGCCAAAGAAGCCUUCGAGAAAUGGUUGAAAUCCGGAAUGACGAUCUACGCGCAAGGCGCGGCUGCCACCCCGGUUCCUCUACUGGACGCCAUGACAGAAGUCGGCGCGGCCAAGAAUCUGAGAGACAUCAAAGUCGUUCACAUGCAUACGGAGAAGGAGGCCAAAUACGUUGCGCCUGAAUACAAGGAUAUCUUCAGGUCGGUGUCACUAUUCAUGGCUGCGAAUGUCCGCAAGUCGGUAGCCGAAGGUCGGUCUGAUGCCAUCCCUAUCUUCCUGCAGGACAUCCCCAAGCUGUUCCACAGGAAGAUCAUCAAGCCUGACAUCGCUUUAAUUCAGGUAUCUCCCCCCGACCAACACGGGUACUGCAGCUUGGGAACAUCAGUCGACUGCGUGAGAGCUGCUCUAGUCAACAGCCCAAUUAUUGUCGCCCAAAUAAACGUCAACAUGCCCCGUACAUUCGGCGAUGCGAUCAUCCACAUGUCUCACAUUGACACGGCUGUGGAAGACAAUACGCCUCUCCCUGAACACGGAGGCAAGCCCGCCAGUCCUGAGGAGACCAAGAUCGGACAGCUCAUCGGACAGAACCUGGUGGAAAAUGGCGCUACGCUGCAGAUGGGUAUCGGCAGUAUUCCCGACGCGGUGCUGUCAGCUCUGAAGGAUCACAAGGACCUGGGUAUCCACUCGGAGAUGUUCAGCGUCGGGGUCAUUGACCUAGUCAAGCGGGGAUGUAUUACUAAUAACGAGAAGAAGUUCCACAGAGGGCGCAUGGUGGGCAGUUUCCUCGUCGGCAACAGGGCGUUAUACGACUUUGUCGACAACAACCCCUUCGUUGAAAUGUUGGAGAUAGACUACGUGAACAACACACACAUCGUCUCGCUGCAGCCGAAGAUGACAGCCAUCAACUCGUGCAUCGAAGUCGAUCUGACGGGACAAGUGUGUGCCGACUCUAUUGGUACUCGCAUGUUCUCGGGUUUCGGCGGUCAGGUGGACUUCAUCCGCGGUGCCGCUGAGUCAGUGGACGGUCGCGGCAAGCCCAUCAUCGCGCUGGUCUCCGUCACCAAGAAGGGAGAGUCCAAGAUCGUUCCUACGCUUAAAGUUGGAGCGGGAGUAGUAACAAGUCGUGCCCACGUGAACUACGUAGUAACCGAACAAGGCAUAGCGGAUCUCUUUGGCAAGACUCUAAGGCAACGCGCAUACGAACUGAUCAAGAUUUCACACCCCGACCACAGAGAAGCGUUGGAAAAGGCCGCAUUUGAACGCCUUAAAUGCAUGCCUGCACCUUAGAAAAAGAAAAAUUAAAAAAUUAUGUUCUUUUUUUAAUUUUAUUAUAUGUUGUAUUUUUUGGGAUUUUUUGUGUAAGAUCUUGGUGUAGGUUUUUUUUUUGAAUAAGAAAGCGUUUUUUGUCGUUUAAAAAGGAGUGUAAAAGCUUUGCAAUUUUUACAAAAAUGUGUUGGUUUUUGCCAAAAAAAUAUUGCAUUUACUAUGUAUUAGCAAACGAUUAAUAAUACAUACGUUAACAUAAUGCAAUGUACUUUGGAGGUAGGAUAGUUACUGGGAGUUUAAAAGAACAUCAUUUUAAAGAAUAAAAAGUUAUAUAGGAAAAAGUGGAUGGCGUUAUCAAUGUGUAGUUUUGUCUGUUAGCCCAGUUACAAGUCAAAAAACGGAGAACCUCCUUUUUUAAGUCCUUUAAAAAUGGCAUAAAACGCUUCUUAUUUCCUAUACCAAGAUCUUGUCAACAGAAAUCCCAGUUUUUUUUUAAUCAGCUGAUUUUAAAUCUACACCAAUAAAAUGUAUUUGUUAUAGAAUAUUUUCAAACAAACUGUACAUCCGUUAUCCUAAGUAUUUAAGUGCUUUUUAUUCCAUGCAAUGAAAUAUUUUUUAUUAUAUGAAAUGAAAUGUUCAUGAUUGUUUUAAUAGGUUUUGGGUUCCAAGUUGAUUAAGACCUGGGCUGACUUGUUUUAAAGUACAUAGUUUCAUAAUAUCAAUUUUUGAAAUAUAUUUCAAAGACCUCACUGCCUGAUAUGUAAACUUACCUUAAAACUGGUUGGCUAUGGGGAAAAAAAAUACUAAAAUAUAGUUGAGAGAAAUAGUACUAUUACUGUUUCUACAAGGUUUAAAAAUAUGCCCCAAUAUUAUACCACAAAUAUCAGAAAAUAAACGACAAUGCAAAUCAUGUUUAAAAGUUUUGUGCAUUUUGUAAAAAUAUAAAAAAUACUUUUUUUUUCUUUAUAAGUGUUACCAUCAAAUAAAAAUUAUAGUGGUGUAAUAUUAAAAAGUAUUAUCAAAUUCCCUAGUCCAGUUAGUAGCUAGACUUGCUUUUUGUCUAGUACUUUUAAAUAGAAACUGCACUCGUACAUCGUUAAAAUGUCGACGGACAUUUAUUAAAGUAAAAAGUAUUGAUAAGUGUCGACGCACUUGCGUGUUAGAUUGCUAGAAUUUCAUUAUAAAUGUAACUAGCCUAGUUUUUGUAGUAAACACGAAAUGAUAUCAAUGAAAUAAGCGAAAAUAUGUUAUUCGAAGUAAAUGUACAUGCGCAAUAAAUAAACUAGCUUUAUUUUUAGAAUUAUCUCGAAUUUAUUAACGAAACCGUUUUUUGGAAAUGUUUUUAAAUCAUUUUUUAAUGUUACGUGUUUGUUUAAAAUACACGAUGUUUUAUAGUAUACAACGCUGAUAUUGUACUUUGUGUUUUUAAUGAAUUAAAGAUCAUAUACCUACAUUAGAAAAA